AUGGAAGCCGCCAUAGCCAAACCAGAACCAAUCUCCAUCUCGCCAUUACUUCAGAGGCUUGCGUAUCCAGAUACCGCAAAGAUCCAGGUAUCCGCGACCGAGAUAGCUUCAGCUUUUGCGUUGAUAUUUGAAGACCGCCUCUCGAUGAUUCAGACAGCUGCGCUCCUCACUUUACUACAUUCCACCGGACUCGACAAAGACUCAGAUGUCAUAGCACAAUGUGCAAAUCGCAUGCGGGAAGCAGCACAGCAGACGGAGAAGGCGCCGCUGAGGAAGGUUCUACGAGCGAGGGGCCGCAAGGAGGGUACCUAUCGUGGCGGAUUGUGUGACAUAGUUGGGACGGGCGGUGAUCAGCAUUCCACCUUCAAUAUUUCAACGACCUCUUCGAUUAUAGCAUCCCCGCUGCUGAUGAUUGCGAAACACGGAAACAGAGCACAGACGUCGUUCUCCGGCUCGGCAGAUGUUUUGAACUCAAUUGCACCAACGCCGCCGAAUAUUUCUGCUGUUAAUGCGGGUAACUUGUCAAAGGUUCUCGAAGAGACCAACUAUGCCUUUCUUUUCGCCCCCAACUUUCAUCCAGGCAUGAUGUAUGCCAAUCCUGUCAGGCGAGGCUUGGGUCUUCGGACAAUAUUUAACUUGAUGGGUCCACUUGCUAAUCCGGUAGAGUGGGCUUUGGAAGCCCGUGUCGUGGGAGUUGCAUAUCAGAGUUUGGGGCCUGUAUUCGCAAAUGCCCUUCGGCUAAGCGGGGCGAAGAAUGCGCUGAUCAUUUGCGGUGAAGAGGAUCUCGAUGAAAUAAGUUGCGCCGGUAAGACAAAUUGCUGGAGACUUUCAGGCUACCCAAACCCAGAAUACAAGGGCAACGAGGAUCUCGAAGAUGGCGACACAAGCGACGAUGAAGGAGCUCCUUCUAGAACAUUGGUUAAGUUGGAUAUUUUCCAGAUUCAACCUUCUGAUUUUGGAUUGCCGAGCCACCCAUUAUCCGAUGUGGGCGGAGGCAGACCGCCACGUGAAAAUGCACAAAAACUGAUGAGCAUUCUACGUAAUGAGCUUGCUCGGGAUGAUCCCAUUUUAGAUUUUGUCCUGAUGAAUGUGGCAGCGUUGCUUGUUAUCUCGGGUGUAUGCGAGGCAGACACCAGCAAUAUGGGGCCAGGUGAUGACGGAAACGUUAUCACGGAGCGGGGUCCUGGUGGCCUCAGGUGGAAAGAAGGCGUGAGACGCGCGCGCUGGGCUAUCGAAAGCGGAGAAGCGUUGAAGUGCCUUGAGAAAUUUAUCGACGUCACGAAUAGAUUGUGA